GCUAUCUGCUUCUCCGGAUGAACCCUCCCCCGCCCCCUUCAAACUUUAUUGAUUUCCUCUUUGUAACUGCUCCCGGAGCAAAAAGCGUUUUCCGGUUUACGACGAACAUCCGAAGAACACGUGAGAAUUCGUCUGCUCCAAUUCGCUAAAUUACAUCCUUAAAGGGGAAAAAUGUUACUGAAAAGUACUUUUCAGAUUAAGAAUAGAUUCAAAUGCACUAUACGUGUAUGGAGAACAAUUCAUAACUUAUCUGUUCCUGAUGGCAAAACAUACAUUAAUGGAAAGUGGGUUGCUGCCAAAAGUGGGAAAACAUUUCCGGUCUUGAAUCCUGCUAAUGGUGAAAUUGUUGCUAAUGUACCAGAUUGUGGAGAUGAGGAAACAAAUGAAGCAGUUGAUGGUUGUUAUGAUGCUUUUAAAACUUGGAAGAAUACAACUGCAAAGGAAAGAGCUGGUUUCUUGAGGAAUAUGUUUGAACUUCAGAUGAAAAACAGUAAAUCUUUAGCUCAUAUCAUAACACUAGAAGGUGGGAAGACUUUAGCUGAAUCAGUUGGUGAAAUCACUUAUGGAGCAUCCUUUUUUGAAUGGUUUUCUGAAGAAGCUCGGCGUAUUUACGGAGAUAUUGUUCCUUCCCCCUUUAAAAACAGACAAUUGUUUUUCUUUCGUGAGCCAAUAGGAGUGGCAGGAAUUAUAACACCUUGGAAUUUUCCUAAUGCCAUGAUCACUAGAAAAGUUGCGGCAGCUUUAGCAGCUGGGUGCACUUGUGUAAUUAAACCUGCUGAAGAUACACCUUUAUCUGCAUUAGCAAUUGCACAGUUAGCUGAAGAAGCAAACAUUCCUCCUGGUGUUAUCAAUGUAAUUACUACUUCUAGGAAUAACACACCCUCGGUGGGAAAAAGACUGUGUGAACAUACAAAGGUUGCUACAAUUUCUUUUACCGGAUCAACAGCAGUUGGUAAAUUGUUAUUUGAGCAGUCUGCAUCAACCGUUAAAAGAGUUUCUUUGGAGCUUGGAGGAAACGCGCCUUUCAUAGUUUUCAAUUCUGCUGAUGUAUCUAAAGCUGUAACUGGUGCAAUGGCUUCCAAAUUCAGGAAUUCUGGCCAAACAUGUGUUUGCACAAAUAGGAUUUUAGUUCAAGAAAAAAUUCAUGAUGACUUUGUAGCUGCACUGGCAAAAGCAAUGCAGAACCAGCUUAAAGUUGGCGAAGGAUUAAAACCAGACGUGACAACUGGCCCACUCAUCAAUGAGAAUGCUGUUAGAAAGGUGGAAAGACAUGUUCAAGAUGCAUUACAGAAAGGUGCCAAUUUAAUUCUAGGAGGAAAAAUACAUUCUUGUGGUAAAACAUUUUUUGAGCCCACAUUACUUACUAAUCUGAAGAAAGAUAUGCUCAUUUCUAAGGAAGAGACAUUUGGGCCAGUUGCAGCUGUAAUGAAGUUCAGCUCUGAAGAAGAAGCUAUUGAAAUUGCUAAUUCAACUCGGAGUGGAUUAUCGGGUUAUUUUUACUCUGAAGAUAUUUCUCAGAUUUGGAGAGUUGCAAAGGCUUUAGAAGUUGGUAUGAUUGGUGUGAAUGAAGGAAUAUUCUCAUGUGCUGAGGCUGCGUUUGGUGGAGUAAAAGAAUCAGGUCUAGGAAGAGAAGGAUCUCGCUAUGGAAUUGAUGAAUACGUUCAAAUUAAAUACAUGUGUCUUGGAGGACUUGAUUAAAUGUUAUGGUCUUGUGCUUUGUCUAGUCUUCCAGCUUUUCUACUGUGUAAUUUCACUACAAAGUACUCCUUCUGAAUUGUCUUCCAAGAUAGUAAAUAUAUAUAUAUUUAUAUGUUUUCGAUUUGUUGUAAGAUUUUAAAUUAAAUGCAAGAUGACUGAAACUUCACAAUAUAAGGUAUCAGUGCAUUUAACUGUUCCUUGUAACUGACCAAAAUUGUUUUUUGCACUUUUUGUUUUUUUAUGAAUAGGAUUGAACUGAAAUCCCUGAUUAUUUAUGCAUGAAAUAUUUGAAAAUCUAUGCACAUGAAUUUUAUUCAUUAAAGUGCAUUAUGUAUUGUAUAUCACCUCAAUCUUCUUAAAAAAAAUAGCAAUAUUUCAAGAGUGAAACAGUUUUAUGCCUCACUUUAUAUAAGGAAUCGAUUUAUUGUUAGAUCGAGAUGUUAUUCACACAUUACUACUACUACUGCUUAAGAGUUUCAUUAUUUUUUGUAUAUGGUUGUUAUUAUGUGAGUUAUUGCAGUCAAUGUGUGCCAUAAUUUUUUUAUUGUCUCUUCUUUUCACUCUGAUUUGUAAUACUUUAAGUCUAGUUAAAAAGAGAAAAUAUUUCUAAAAACAUAUUGUUUAUUAGAAAGUAUACCUUGUUUAUUUACUAUACUUUUUAUCAUUUAUGCAUAUCUUAUAUGUAUAUUAUUAUUAUUAUAAUUAUAUAUUUUGCUGUAACAAUACUGCAUUUUAGUUGUUUUAAUAUUGUAGCAUAUUUGUUAUUUGGAAUAUAUUUGAGUUUUUACUUAAUUAUGAAUAAUCAGUUUGAUUAUGCUAUAUAAAUAAUGUGAUGUAUAUACUCACAAGAAAUAUUUUCCAUUCAAAUUAUUAUGUAUGAAUAUCUACUGAGUUAUGAAUAUUGUCAUCAGCUGCUUUUUUCAGCUAUGGUUUUCCUUGUAUUGAUAUUAGUCUUUUUAUAUACUUUUUAGUUGUUCUCUUUAUAUUUUCUAAUUUUAAAACAUUAUUGGUUUGAAAUGUAUAUUAAAAAAAAUCUUCAAGUUUUGGUUUUGUUUUAUGUAAGUUAUUUCUUGUUGUCAGAAAUAUAUUAUUUUAAUAUAAAUGAAUUUUGUUGAAAUUUUCUUUGUAGUAAAGGAAUAUUUAACCAUGCUAAAUUUUUAUGAUUGCUUGAGGACUUUACUUUCUGUAUCUUGGAGUAUAACGAGAUUAUGCAUAUGUGUGUGUGUGUGUGUGUGUGUGUGGAAGGAGGAAGAAGAGAGUGAAGACUUUUGUGGCUGAUAUCUCCCAUCUUUUCUGAACUCGGAUUUUCUUAUUUUAAAUGUCCCUCUUCAAAUGAAAAUUUAGGCUAAAAUUAAAAUAUAAAAGAAAAAGAAAACGCAUUUGUAAAAGCAAUAAUAAAAUCACAUUUUCCCUUAAGUUUAACUUGAAUGGCAUGAAUUUGAUAUUAUAAUUGUAAAAAAUUUCAAAAAGGCCCAAAUAUAUUAUUAUUUAUUCACAUUAAGUCUGCCCCAAUUUCUUAAGAGUCAUUUUAAAGACUAAGCAUGUCAGCAGCAUUUUGAGAUAAAAUCGGGCUAUUAUGCAUUUAACGAGAAUUUUUAUAAAAAUAACUUUUAUUUUCAAUAACAGUUCUGUGUAUUUAGUGAUAAAUGAAUCGAAAUAACAGUUGCUCUCUGAGCUGGCUGCUGUUCUUUAACAUCUCAAUGAAAUCAUAUGGAAAAAAUCUAUAAGUAACUGUUGACAAUUUCCAAAAAAAAAAAAAAAAAAAAAAAAAAAAAUACCAAAUUCCAUUGAUAUGAAACAAGAAUAAUAUAUUCAGAUGCUCUGCAUUACAUUAAAAUAAAUUAUAGUAGAUUUAGAAAAAAAAUUAAAAAUUCAUUCAUUAUUCCUUCAUUCAUUUGCUUGUUUUGUAAUUCCUUAUUCAAAAAAUAACUUCAAAAUAACAAAUAGUGAAUUCAGUGAAAGAAAUGAAAAUGUUUAAAAAUGAGUGUUAAAUGAAUGAAAAUUGAAAUGAAAUUGUUUAUGAAAUUAAAAUGUUUAAAAAUGAGUGUUAAAUGAAUGAAAAUUGAAAUGAAAUUGUUUAUGAAAUUAAAAUGUUUAAAAAUUUCUUCUACUUGCUUCUGAAUGAAGAAAGUAGAAGAAAUGGAAGCUUUUGAUAAUGGAGAAAUAAAAAACAGUUUAAAAAUUAUGUUCAUGGCACUUUGAAUACGUUAAAAGGACAUGUAUUGUUCAAUAAUUUUCCUACAACAGUAAUAUCACAGUGUUUUUUUUUUUUUUUUUAAUGAAUUGUCUUUUGAACGAUAUCCUAAAUCUUUUUAAUGUUUUUAAUCUAAUAAAGAACUGCUAAGUUAA